AUGGCUCCAAAUACAGACCUAGAGAUAAUGAUACCUAAUGCUUUUCCACCCAAUGACUUCAAAUUAUUCAACACAUUGGAUAUCAAGUACUGCAUGAAAAAUGACAGCCUUUGCUUACAAAUAUAUUGCAAGCUUGGAAACAUGGAAAGUGGAAAAGAAGCAACUGUUCAGUUGCAUCUGGAAGCUGCUCCUUCCCUUUUAGAAAUGGAUGAUGCAUCAGCAUUAAAGUUUGAAGUAAGAGCAACAGCCUCACCAGAAAAAAAUGCAAAAGUUAUUGAACUACACAAGGACAAGCAAGUUGCAUAUGUCUAUUUGGAAGGAAUGCACCACCAAAAGCCAAAAUACCAUGUUACUGUGUUAAUUAUUGGAAUCGGCUUAAUAAUUGGCGUUACCUUGUUUUUGCUUCUUUCAUUUUUGCUAUGGAAGAUUGGCUUUUUCAAAAGGCAAUACAAACCCGUCCCUCAAGACAAUAACAGAAGAGACAGCUGGAGUUUCACAAGAGGGAACAAAGAUGACUAA